AUGGUAUCUAAGAAGAUUCGGGACUUUCUCAUCUUCGCGAAGAGGGACGGGUACGACUGGGCGUGGGCCGACACCUGCUGCAUCGACAAAACGAGCAGCGCGGAGCUCACCGAGGCGAUCAACUCCAUGUUCCGAUACUACUCCCUCGCCCACAUCUGCUACGUCUUUCUCAACGACGUCGAAGAGUCGCAACCUGGGGCACCGACCUUCGGCGCCUCCUUCCGACGCAGUAGGUGGCACACGCGAGGGUGGACCUUACAAGAGCUCCUCGCGCCUCGCGAAGUUGUCUUUCUGUCUCGCAUCCUCAAACAAGCUACCGGGAUCCCAAAGGCUGUGUUACGAUCAGAUAAGGGAAUCACGGAUGUCAGCAUCGCCGCGCGGAUGUCCUGGGCGUCCAAGAGGAAGACAACCCGGAUCGAGGACGAAGCGUACUGCCUGUUCGGGCGAUUCGGGGUCAGCAUGCCGACUCUUUACGGCGAAGGACGCAAAGCCUUCUACCGGCUUCAAGAGGAGAUCAUGAAGACGUCUCUCGACUUAUCCCUUUUCGCUUGGGGAGGCCUGCGCCAGGACCGGCCGCGCUCAACACGAGCGCGCGCCGACCCGUACCUCGGGAAGCUGUCUUGA